AUGAUGUUCCACUUCCACAUCCUAAUCACGGAUCACAGCGAGCUCGCCCACCCUUGCAUAUGCUCCCUACCUGUAGUUACUUUAACCUCCUUGAUCUUGCUUGUUAUUUUUGCCAGCCUUGGUUAUGGCUAUAAGAGAAGGCAUUCCAAGGCUGCUGGGAGACAAUCAGAUUGGGAGAUCAACAGCGGGCCACCUUGUUUCACAUACAAAGAUCUAGUCAAUGCUACUGGUGGGUUCAAUGACAAAAUGCUCCUUGGUAAGGGAGGUUUUGGACGGGUCUACAAAGGAUUCCUCCCUGCCUCUAAGAAGAAUGUCGCGAUCAAGCGGAUCUCCCCUGAGUCUAAGCAAGGGACCAAGGAGUUUAUAUCCGAGGUUAACAUAUUAGGUCAUGUUCGCCACCGGAAUGUUGUUCGUUUACUUGGCUAUUGCAGGCACAAGCAUGAGCUGCUCUUGGUGUAUGAUUAUAUGCCCAAUGGCAGCCUUGAUAAGUAUCUGUAUGGCGGUCAAGGUAAACUUGCACUAGGUUGGUUUCAGAGAUUUUGCAUCAUCAAAAGUGUGGCAUCCGGACUCUUGUACCUCCAUGAGGAAUGGGAACAUGUGGUCAUCCAUCGAGACAUUAAGUCAAGCAAUGUCCUCCUUGACGAUGAAAUGAAUGCAAGGCUGGGUGAUUUUGGCCUUGCAAGAUUACAUGACCACGGAGUGGAUGCUCACACCACACGCGUAGCAGGGACAUUUGGCUACAUUGCUCCUGAGCUGGCUAGAUUUGGCAAAGCAACCAAAGCGACUGAUGUUUUUGCGUUUGGGGUGUUCUUGAUGGAGGUUACAUGUGGAAGGCGGCCGGUUGAGGUAAAUGCUUCUGGAGAGCCUCAGGUGCUAGCUGACCAUGUGACCAAAGCAUGGCAAGAUGGCUCAAUCAUGGACUCCAGAGACCCUACACUGGAAGAUUGUGUAGAACAGGAGGUAGAGAUGAUUCUAAAGCUUGGACUUCUGUGCUCACACCCAUCACCCAAGGUGAGGCCUGGCAUGCGCUUGGUGAUGCAAUACCUGGAAACUGUCGCGACACUUCCUGAUUUUCCACUUAGUUUGUUCAGUGCGGAUGCGGCUAAUGAUGAAGUGUAUGUUCAGUUUGUUGCCUCGUAUCCCUCUGUGGCAACCGCGACCACUGAUCAUAGUUUUUUUUAUGGUCGAUAAUGCAAAACAACUAUGAUUAAAUAUAGAUGCAGCUAUUGUAUUUUAAAUAUAUAUGCCAGGCUGCAACUGUAUUUGGAGCAUAUACAGGAGUGUAUAUUUGCAUGGGUUCUGUCAAAACUUGUCAGAUAUAAUUGUGAGGAUCGGAUACAAGUUGUGUGAA